UACCACCUCAGAAAAACACUUAGCUCUCCAAGUACCAUCAUAAUGACCAACAUUAAAAUACAGUAGCGUAGUAGACCUACGUAUUCAUUAAAAACAAAGCAGAGGUUUUAUUUAACACGUGUAUUUAAUACGUGUUAUUACACGUGAAUUUAACAUUACACACAGUUUGAAUACCUAUUUAAGUGAUUCUUUGGCCAACCACUAGAUGGCGCCGGCGUACCACAGUUUGCCAAUCACUGCCCUAAAGGAAGGACUUUUUAUGUCCUGUUUGGUUUUGGGAUGUUGUUCAGUAACUGCCAGUGUUUUGUACACGUUUGACAUUGUUUUUUUUGUUUUUUUUUACAUUAAAAAAAACGUAUUGGGAAAACUCCUGUACCAAUCAAUCAAUGUUUAUUUAUAUAGCCCUAAAUCACAAGUAUAAAAAGUAAGACAAGAAAAAUGAUGGGCAAAAUACAUCCUAAAUGUACUGAAAGGACAACAAAGUCAGCCUUUGUCCCCUGAGGGUUUAAAACUUUUUUUUAAAUUUUUUUUUGGCAAAUAAACAAGUAUAUUUUUGACAUCUUAAGUACAGUCAGUAAGGAAUUCAUAUGGGUGGAUCUCUCGUGAGAGGAAAUGGGAGGGUUAAUCAUUUUGCAAUGCAGUCUGCCGAAAAUGAUGGAAAGCGCCACUCUACAUAACAACCGACGCUGUGGUCAGAGUUGGAAUUGCCACAAAACACAUUUUAAGAUAUUCAACACUCUACUCCCAAAUAUGUCACGUUUCAUGUGUCAGGUACAUCGUCAUAUGAGUCCCCUUUCUACUGGGAGUUGAAUUUCACUUGUCAUUGAAGGCAAUGUUAGGCUAGGCUAACUUUCUCUCGCAACCUUUUGUCCUGUCAGUGUGGUGCCAGAACUGUGGACUUUCAGUCUUUGAAUUGUAUUUUCGACAAAAUGUCGCAGAGCGAUAACAAAACCGCACUCGGCGUAGCGCUUUUGAGUGUGUAGAAAAGCGCUUCUAACAUUUUACACGACGAAACGAUCACACCAAUACGAAAACAAACAUUCUGCCAUCUAGUGGACGGACAUUGAAAUGUUCUGUGUCAAACGAUACUGAUGCUUUAUGAAACACAAGCGGUGAUACUGUUCAUUAAAAAAAAAUAAAACCGAUACAAUAGCAAUGGCAUCUUCGUCAUUGAUAUCAAUGGAACUAUGAAAAAUGAAGUGUGGGAUUAUUUUGAUCUAAGAAGUUUACUAUUUGGCUAAUUAGCCAGAGUUGCACGUUGGGGGAACAGGUAAAAAAAUUAUAGUUAUUAACUUUUGUUUGACUUUUUUAAAUUAGUAUCAGUGCAGCGUCCGUACAGCUAGUGAGUGUGCCAUACGCUCACUGAGGCGUCGCUGCCAUAGGUAGAUGUACUGUAAGACUUUAUUGGUGUAAAUACAUCUGAACUCUGUGAGAAGGCGAGUAGACGACGCGUCAAUUUCGCGGCAUCUCUGUGGCGAAAGAGCGAAAGCAAAACCAAGAUGUUGCGUUCACGUGCUUCACGGACACGCCAAUCUUUUCUCUUUUUUUUCCCACCGCGUCUUCGCGCUCCUCCAUCUUCACGGGGUGUGGGGAAUCCAAGCUGAAGACCAAACAUGUUAGACCGCGUGUUCGAUACCACAGCGAGGACACCAAAGACAAGUAUUUACAAUCAUCCACGCCGCCUCGCCAUCGUGUGCGUGUUGAAGGCCAUACACAGAGUUACAAAAAGGAUGCUUUGUUUUGCUGUAAGCUUUGGCACAGUACAUUUUUAUUUAUUUGUUGGCCCUCGGUAGGUUCAAGAAACCAAAUGAAACAUGUAUAUAUCUGUGCUAUUAUUGUCUCACUCAGCAGGGGGCGCCACUGAGUUUCUAGAUUGGAACACAAAUCUGACAUUUUCAAGUUGCUAAAAAUAUUUGGACUUAUAUCAAGUCGCCUUUGGCGUGUUUGAAUGUAAAGAAAAUGGCAUGAUGACUCAGUUCGGACACCCCUGACGUAUGUUUUGUUUUGAAACACCUCCAUGAUGGAUUUCUGCUGUUUUAUGCAGUUUGUGCCAGUACUUGAAUGACAGUCCCUGUUGGUCUUCAGCAAGCUUUGUUGUGUGUCCGUGAACGCAUCGUUUCAUCAAAGUAUUUACAAACAAAAAAAAAGUUAUAUGGUUUGAAAGUAUUUUUUUUCCUCCAUUUUUUACGAUUAAUUUUCAUCUCGUUUGUUCUUCCCUCUCACGUUCUCGCUAUGUAAACAACAAAAAUGGCUACCGCGGCCCCACAAUGCAUUGCGAAAUCACGUGCCCUUUAGAGCCCGACGAUACCACUGAUGCUACUUUAUCAACAUGUGUUUUCGACGCUGACAUAAAAAUUUAAGUAUUUUGUUUUAUUAUUAAUUUCUAUUUUAAUAGUUUUCUGUCGAAUCGCUAUGUAAACAACAAAAAUGGCUACUGCGGCCCCACAAUGCAUUGCGAAGUCACGUGACCUUUAUAGCCCGACGAUACCGCUGAUGCUACUUUAUCAACAUGUGUUUUCGACGCUGACAUAAAAUGUAAGUAUUUUGUUUUAUUAUUCAUUUCUAUUGUAACCGAGGGUUUAUAUAUGUCGCCUAUACUGUAUUAAACUACAAAAUAACAAACACGGAGGCUCCAGUUUUACACGAGGACCAGUUUAUUUCGUUUGUUUUCAAAACCACAACGUGUCACCACUUCCGCUCUUAGCGCCUUCAAAAUAAGAGCUCAAGGCAUAUACUGUAUAAAAGUUUAUAACAGGAAGUUAACAUCACAAAAAGGCAAGUCCAUAAAAAUAGGUUACACUAUUUUAAUAGUUUUCUGUCAAAUCGCUAUGUAAACAACAAUGCGACCCCACAAUGCAUUGCGAAAUCACGUGACCUUUAGAGCCCGACGAUUCAACCGAUACUACUUUAUCAACGUAUGUUUUCGACGCUGACACAAAAUGCCUUGUUAAACUUCAACAUCAUCAGGCGAGCGGAGGCGGGCCAUGAAGGAUGAGGGACUGGGAGAGUGACGCGGGCGCUUGAGGAACAGGUCCCGUGUGGAGAUGAAGCUCAAACAACGCUUGUUGCUGCUGUGUGCCGUGCUCCUCCUAGUGGGCCUCGCCAAGAUCUUCCUGCUUGACGGCAGCGAGGGAUCUGCUGCCAGCAGGCGCGACCUGCGGGCCUUUCGCAAGAUGGAGGCGGGGCUGUCUCUGUCACGGGGGGCUCGCCUCACCCACACCCUGCAGUCUCCCUGGGAGAUAGCGAGCCAAUGGGUGGGUCCCCGGGAGGUGUACCCCGAGGAGACGCCCGAGCUGGCGGCGUUGCUCACCGCUCUGAGCACCACCCGCAUACUACGGGCCGACGUGGGCUACAUGGGGACGCAACUCAAAGCCCUGCUGGUUCUGGACGGGGGGCAAAAAGUGGUCUUCAAACCUAAAAGAUACAGCCGCGACUUCGUGGUGGAAGGGGAGCCGUACGCCGGUUACGACCGACACAACGCAGAGGUGGCUGCCUUCCACCUGGACAGGAUCCUGGGCUUCAGGAGAGCGCCCCUAGUGGUGGGACGUUACAUCAACCUGCGCACCGAGCUCAAACCCGUGUCCACCGACCAGCUGCUCAAGACGUUCCUCACGCACGGAAACAACACGUGCUUCUACGGGAAGUGUUUCUACUGCCGGGAGAGCGACCCGGCGUGUGCCGAGGGCGACAUGAUGGAGGGUUCAGUGACCAUGUGGCUGCCGGACGUCUGGCCGCUGCAGAAACACACGCAUCCCUGGCGACGCACCUACAGAGAAGGCAAACUGGCCAGGUGGGAGUACGACGAGGCCUACUGCGAGGCGGUGAAGAAAACGCCCCCGUAUGACGCGGGGCCGCGGCUGCUGGACGUCAUGGACACGGCCAUAUUUGAUUACCUCAUCGGGAACGCCGACCGCCACCACUACGAGAGUUUCCAGGACGACGGUGGCGCCAGCAUGCUCAUCACUAUGGACAACGCCAAGAGCUUCGGGAACGCCGCCAUGGACGAGCGAAGCAUCUUGGUGCCGCUCUACCAGUGUUGCAUGAUCCGCGUGUCCACCUGGAAUAGGCUGAACCUGCUGAGGGGCGGGGCUCUGAGCUCCGCCCUGCAGCGAGCGCUGGCGUUCGACCCCAUCUAUCCCGUGCUGGCAGAGCCGCACCUCGCCGCCCUGGACCGCCGCCUCACGGUCGUCAUGGCCACGGUCAAGCAGUGCAUGGAGGCGCAAGGACCCGACAACACGCUGAUAGAAGACCAGAGAAGGAUGGAGGCACUUCCUAUUCUCAAUUUGCCAUCUUUGGACCUCACUUGCCUUCUGAAGUGGUUUUCAUUUUGAGUCCACGCAUCAAAGCAGGCGAGUGUACGUACUGAACUCUAGUAACACACACUUGUCUUACUAGUACCUGUGUGGAAGUGUGGGUCUGUGUGUGUGUGUGUGUGGGGGUCUUUGUGUAUCUAUGUGUGUGUGUGUGUGUGUGGGGG